GAGUCCAACGCUUGGUGUGAGACAAAUAAGAAACACAGACGUGGUUGAUUGCUUUGUAUAUUUGGAAAUAUGAAGAAGUGCGUGGCGUUUCUUGCCACAACCAUUUGGAAAAGGUUCCACGUUUCUCCUCCUCAAACUCAAUGCCGAUUCUACUGUUCUCCCCCCUCUCAUGCUUCCUCCAACAAGCUCUUUGUGGGAGGGUUGUCAUGGUCAGUGGACCACAAGUCCCUCAAAGAGGCUUUCUCUUCCUUCGGGGACGUCACUGAAGUGACGAUAGUGUAUGAUAAAGACAGUGGCAGGUCUAGAGGCUUUGGAUUUGUCAUUUUUUCAAAUGAAGAUGAUGCUAAAUGUGCAAAGGAUGCAAUGGAUGGAAAGGCACUGUUGGGUAGACCAUUGAGGAUAAAUUUUGCUCUUGAGAAGGCCCGUGGUGUACCUGUUGUAGUUCCUCGACUUUCAGAUAUUGGACAUGUGAAUAGGCACUAAAAUUAAGAGAAAUGCUAUAUCCUCCCCAACAUCAAUCCCCCAAGCAUUUAAAGGUUGACGCGUGUCAAUUAUUUUACCAUAAAAUAUUUAUUUAGUUUAAUAAUUUAAAAUUUUGAGUAAUUCCGAACUUAAA